GGAAUAAAAUUGUAAAAAAAAAUAUCGUUUAUAUCGAUAGUUUCGUACAUCACUUUUUUGGUCACAUGAUUUUGACAAUUUUUAUGUUGAAUUUCUCAGUUUUUUUAAAUCUGAAAUAAAUUGAGUUUUUUGCGACAAAAAAAAUGUCUACCUGGACUCAAAUUCAACAACAACUUCGCCAUCCAUCAAAUCCAGUCGUAUUUUUUGACAUUAUGAUUGGAAACACUGAAGUUGGCCGCAUGAAAAUGGAACUUUUUGCAGAUAUUGUGCCAAAAACAGCAGAAAAUUUUCGACAAUUCUGUACUGGCGAAUAUAAAAAAGAUGGUGUGCCGAUCGGUUAUAAAGGAUCAUCAUUUCAUCGUGUAAUCAAAGAUUUCAUGUGUCAAGGUGGUGAUUUUGUUAAUCAUGAUGGUACAGGUUUAAUGUCAAUUUUUGGUGGCACAAAAUUUUCCGAUGAAAAUUUCAAACUUAAACACGAUCAACCUGGUCUACUUUCAAUGGCCAACAGUGGCAAAGAUACAAAUGGAUGUCAAUUUUUCAUUACAUGUGCAAAUUGUGAUUUUCUUGACGGAAAACAUGUUGUGUUUGGACGUGUCAUUGAUGGUAUGUUAGUGGUGAGAAAAAUUGAAAACGUACCUACUGGACCGAAUAAUAAACCAAAAAUACCAGUAAUCAUAUCUCAAUGUGGUGAAAUGUAGCCAUCGUCAUGGCCGAAUCAUCAUCAUUUUGUUCUUUUUUCUUUGCAUUUUCGAAAUUUUUUUCCUGAAUUACCAUGAUUUGA